AUGCCGCCCGCUCCUCCAAAGCUUCUACCCACAUCCGAAGGCCCGCGCCUGAUUGUGUAUCACCAGACCUUCCACGAUUCAGCCGGCAACUACCACUCGCUUCUACCCCUCCUCACGAACCACACUGGCAUUACCCACAUCAUAGUCGCAGCUAUACACUUGAACGGAGGCCCGGGGAACAUCACCCUGAAUGACCACAAGCCGGACGACAAGCGCUACGACCAGCUUUGGGGGGAGGUGAAAUGGCUUCAGGGAAGCGGAGUGAAGGUGUUGGGCAUGCUGGGGGGUGCGGCGCAAGGAAGCUAUGAGCGCCUCGGAGGCAGCGAAGACAAUUUCGAGGCCUACUACACGCCCCUCCAAGCCCUCAUAUCCUCCCACAGCCUCGACGGCAUAGACCUCGACGUCGAAGAAAAAGUCGACAUCCAAUCCAUAACCCGCCUCAUCGCCCGUCUCCGCGCAGACUUUGGCCCCGCCUUCCUCAUCACAAUGGCUCCCGUAGCCACAGCCCUCAUCCCCGAUCCAAACAUCCCGCCACACCUCCGUCCACCGCGUCCCCUCCUCGCCAGCGGCCCGUCCCCGAACCCACUCCACCCUACAUUGCCGCAUCUGAGCGGCUUCAGCUACCCCGAGCUCGAAUGCAGUGUCUACGGAAGGGAAAUAGCAUGGUACAACACGCAGUUCUACUGCGGAUGGGGCUCCGCAGCGUCAACGCAGUGGUACGACGCCAUCAUCGCAGCAGGGUGGACGCCCUCCAGGAUCGUCCUCGGGGUAGUCACCAACCCGGGAAACGGCGCUGGACACGUUCCCGUCGCCAAACUGCGCGACGUGUGCGCCCGUCUGCGCGAGAAGUACAAGAGUGGUGGAGGGGGCUUCGGCGGGGUAAUGGGCUGGGAGUUCUUCAACAGCGGAGACUGCGAGGAGGAUAUGGUGCACGUUACUUCUCUCGACCUGAAUAAUGAGACUGUGCAGGCGGGGUGGGUUGCUGCGCUGGGGCGUGUGCUCAGGGUGGAAGACGCGCCUAGGGUACGGACGCAGAAUCCGCUGCUGGGCGUCACGCCCGAGCAGAUCCGGCAGAUGGUGACGACGCUGCCCUCGGCGCGCGCUGCGUGGCCCGCAGAGACGAUUUCGCAGCUUGUGGUGCUGGGCUUUUCGCACCAGGAGGCUGUCGCUGCGCUGAAUGCUACAGAGGGGAACGUCGAGCUUGCGGCGGGGUUUCUGUUCGAGCAGUAUCCGCAGUAG